UGGUUUGCUCUGAGUGGACUGUAGCUCUAAUGAUGGAGGAGAAGAAGAAGCCCAUAGAAGACAGAAAUUAUAAUAAUCUUCUGAGAAGAUGGAUUUCGGGGCUGAUGAGAAACCGGAGGCUAAUGGAACGCAUCAACACUAUACAUACAAGGAUUUCCUCCAGAAAACGUUGGUCCAACGAAAUCCGACAAUACAGCUUGAUCAACCACUCCUCCUAUAAGCAACGGUGGCAACCGUUGGACAAAAUAAUCAACAGCUCCGGCCUCAUCAGAGAGAAACUUGAUGCGUGGCAGUACACUACAAUUCAGCCGGUUGGGUGCCUCCUGCUCCGGCGGCUUUUCGAUCACAUCAAGAACAAGGCGAAGCAGCCGCCAGCCGGCGGUGCUUCCACUUCUACCGACCAGCUGCCGGUUCAUCAUGUAUACGACAACUGUGUGUUAAUUUGGCAUGUUGCUACGGAGAUAUGCUAUUUCAGCGGAGGACAAGAAACAACAAAAAUGAAAGAUAAUAAAAAACUGUGCAGAAAUAUUUCGGAAUAUUUGGUGUACUUUCUGGUAAUGGAGGGGAAACUCACGUCUACGGUCCCAGGAAACAUAGGUUUGAGAUUCAAAGACAUAUGUUGGGAAGAAGUUAAAGACACCAUUAAUGAAAUUGUGGCGGGCUUGCCCAAAACAACAUUUCGGAUACACCGUUGGGUGGACAACGUCAACUCCAUCAUCUCUGCAAAACUCAAUGACUUCAAGGAUGCCGCCAUUAACCUUGCCAACCGGAACAACACAAACAACAACAAUAAUGCUGCAGCAGAUACAUGUAAUAGGAUGCCCACAAGGUGGGAAAAACUCAAAAUGAAAUGGGAAGAUAAGAAGCGGGGAGAAGUUUGUGGACACCUGCUACACAUGAAGUUGAGAGACAAAAUCGAAAAUGGAAGUGCAAAAAGUAGUAGUGAUGAUCAUUAUGCUAAUUCCAAAUUGUCCGAAGCUAUUAAACUUGCAAAUCAUUUGAAAAGCUGCUGCAUACCAGAUCCAAAGGGACCAAUUAAUCCUGCACCCAACAAUAAUCAGAAUCAGAACGAACAGGAUGUUGAAAAUCCGGAUUCAGCACAGGAACUGAUGACUGGCCACCCAAACAGACCGGAAAAUAAUAAUGCUGAUGAAGUAGAUCGUUGCUCGGAGGAGGAAUUGUGGGAAAUUCUGAGUCAUGUGUGGAUAGGGUUUCUGUUGUAUGGAGCCAGCCAUUGCAGAGACGACGUUCAAUAUCUCAACAAAGGGGGAGAGCUUCUUACGUUUGUCCGCCUUUUGAUGGUUCAUUUUGGGCUCAGAGAAGCCUUCAGGGAUGAAGCUGGUGCUGCUGCUGCUGUUGCUGAUGGUGGAGGAUUCAAACUUGCAGCAGAAUUGCAGAAAGUAAUUAAAGAUGAAAAAUUACUACCUUUUCUCCCUAAAAUCACCUUUAAUUUUUUACCUUAGCUUGAUUUGUUGAAGUUUGUUUGUUUGUUUUUUUAAUAUUGUAAAAAGUGUGUAAAAUAAACGAUUGAAUUAAUUGGAUUUGUGCAAUUGAUGAGA